CGUGUUGGGAACCGAUUCACCGGCAAAAAACUGGGAGCGAGAAAACCGGGACAACCCGGGAGAGAGAAGAGGGAGCCGCCGUCGCCGGGGGCCAAGGAGACAGGGACAUGGAGACGGGAAAUACCGCAGAGAAACAGUGCACUGAGCGGCUGAGUCAAGGAAAACACACACAUACCAGGAACUUAUAAAGCAAGAAAACCCUCUGUUCGUUGGCGAAAUGACUUCAGGGAGUUUUUCACCUUCUGGCCCGUUUACAGCAUUGACUCACAGCAUGUGGCCACAGGAUACACUGACCAAGUACUCCCAGAAGGACGAGUCGGUGGAGCAGCCAGAAAUCCGUUGUGACGAGUUUGGGUUUCGUAUAGACAAAGAAGAUGGAGCUGAACCAAAUUACAAGAGAAUUCUUGGGGUCCCACUCCCUGAAGAUCCUCAGCAGCGACUUAGAUGGCAAGCGCAUCUCGAGUUCACACACAAUCACGAUGUUGGCGAUUUGACAUGGGAUAAAAUUGAUGUGGUGUUGCCACGCUCUCAGAAACUGCGAUCCCUGGUCCUUGCAGGAAUCCCACACACCUUGAGGCCUCAGAUCUGGAUGCGGUUAUCAGGUGCUCUGCAGAAGAAGAGGAAUACGGAAACGUCAUACCGUGACAUUGCCAGAAACAGCUCCAAUGAUGGUAGCAUUGCAGCUAAACAGAUCGAGAAAGACUUGCUUCGCACAAUGCCAAGUAACACCUGCUUCUCCAACAUAAACAGUGUUGGUAUUCCAAGAUUACGGAGAAUCCUGCGUGGGCUGGCAUGGCUAUACCCUGAGAUUGGGUAUUGCCAAGGGACAGGAAUGGUUGCAGCUUGCCUGCUGCUAUUCUUGGAGGAAGAGGACGCUUUCUGGAUGAUGUGUGCCAUUAUUGAGGACCUGGUUCCUCCUUCGUAUUUCAGCACCACUCUGCUGGGUGUGCAGACAGAUCAGCGAGUUCUGCGUCAUCUAAUAGUACAGUACAUUCCCCGACUGGACAAACUUCUCCAGGAACAUGACAUCGAGCUGUCCUUGAUCACCCUGCACUGGUUCCUGACUGCAUUUGCCAGUGUUGUACACAUCAACAUUCUCCUCCGAGUCUGGGACCUAUUCUUCUGCGAGGGCUCUGUUCUCCUUUUCCAGAUCACACUGGGAAUGCUCAAGAUGAAGGAAGAAGAACUCAUCCAGUCAGAAAAUUCAGCAUCAAUCUUCAACACCUUGUCGGACAUUCCAUCACAGAUUGAAGACCCAGAGGUCCUCAUUAAGGAGUCGAUGAAGCUUGCUGGGUCAUUAACAGAUGUUAUGAUUGAAACACAGAGGAGGAAACACCUGGCUUACCUGAUUGCAGACCAGAGCCAGGUCCCACAAGCAACAAUGCCGAACUUCACAAAGAUUGUUCGACGACAGUCCCAACGCAGGAAGUCUGGACUGGGAGCUCUACUUUUCGGUGACAAUGAAGAUGCAGAGGCACUGAAGGCAAAAAACAUUAAACAGACUGAAGUAGUAGCAGAUUUACGAGAAGCCAUUCUGCAAGUAGCCCGACACUUUCAAUGCCUGGACCCCAAAAAUAGCAGCAUUCAGGAACUGACCCCAGACUACUCCAUGGAGAGCCACCAAAAGGACCAUGAGAACUAUGUUGCUGUGUCCAGGAACCGAAGGCGGAGAGCCAAGGCUCUGUUAGAUUUCGAACGACAUGAUGACGAUGAACUAGGGUUCCGAAAAAACGACAUCAUCACGAUCAUAUCUCAGAAGGAUGAGCAUUGCUGGGUUGGAGAGCUGAACGGGCUGCGAGGUUGGUUUCCUGCGAAAUUUGUGGAGGUCCUGGAUGAACGAAGUAAAGAGUACUCGGUGGCUGGAGAUGAUUCGGUAACAGAAGCAGUAACAGACCUGGUCCGGGGAUCACUCUGUCCAGCUCUCAAGGCAAUAUUUGAGCAGGGUUUGAAGAAACCAUCAAUUCUCGGUGGCCCUUGCCAUCCCUGGCUUUUUAUUGAAGAGGCUGCUGGUAAGGAGGUGGAGCGAGACUUUGAUUCGGUGUAUUCUCGACUAGUGCUGUGUAAAACAUACAGGUUGGAUGAAGAUGGGAAGGUGCUGACUCCAGAGGAACUUCUGUAUAGGGCUGUCCAGUCAGUCAACAUGAGUCACGACGCUGCACACGCACAGAUGGAUGUGAAAUUUCGGUCACUGGUAUGCAUAGGACUGAAUGAACAGGUUCUGCCAUUAUGGCUGGAGGUGCUUUGUUCCAGUAUGCAGACAGUGGAGAAAUGGUACCAGCCCUGGUCAUUCCUACGUAGUCCUGGCUGGGUCCAGAUCAAGUGUGAAUUGAGGGUUCUGUCCAGGUUUGCAUUCAGCCUUUCUCAGGACUGGGAACUGCCCACCAAGAAAGAGGACAAAGAGAAGAAGCCUCUGAAAGAUGGAGUCCAGGACAUGCUAGUGAAGCAUCAUCUCUUCAGCUGGGACAUUGAUGGUUAAAUAACUCCUCUCCUCCAAUCAAAACACUCAACGCCAAAUCUCCAUGAGCAUGUGACACUGCAGGUGCCUGUCCACAUAGCGAUCACCCAAUCAGAAUCAGGAUUUGCAAAAUGCUGUCUCGCAUCCACACAAGGAAACACUGCAUCAUCAUAACCCUGUAAAUAUUAACAUUUGGCAGCUAAUGCUAUAUCCAUAACCACCCCCCCCUCCCUGAUGCACCCUCCAACCUGCUCUCUCUCUUUUUCUAUAUAUCUCUCUUUCUCCCCUGCCCCCUCCACCCUGCUCUCUCUCUCUCUCUGCUUUCUCUCUCUCCCCCCAC